ACAGUUGAUAAUAAAAGAGGAUGAAGUAGAAGAUUCCAAGCAGUUUGGCACUAUUAGGAAAAAAAAUCAAGCUACUAUUUUUUAAGCAGCAAAAGAAAAUACAGAAGAGCAAGAUGUUGUGACAACGUUUACAAUCUGCAAGCAUCAUGUAUGUGAGCUCUCUCUUGGAUAAAGAGACCAGCAUGUAUCCAGGACCUGCAAGGUGCAGCAACAACAACCUGCCAGUGCAGAACUUUGUGCCUGCUCCCCCCUACUCAGACUACAUGGGGUAUCACCACGUGCCAGCUCCAGACAGCCACGGACAGCCCGCGGGAGCCUGGGGACCCCACUACGGCCCCCAGAGGGAGGACUGGAACGCUUACGGCCCGUGCCCAGGGCCCUCCGGCACGGCUGCUGCCGCACAGCUCAGCGGCUCCUCUCCUGGGCAGGGCUCCUACAGUCCAGCUGAGUACAGCUCCCUCCAUCCCGCUGCACCCGGGGGGUUACCUCCUGCAGGCACCGUUGGCACACAGCAGGUCUCACCCACCAACCAAAGGCACAGCUCUUACGAAUGGAUGAGGAAAACGGUGCCAACUAACACUACUGGUAAAACAAGAACAAAAGAGAAGUACCGGGUUGUUUACACAGACCAUCAGAGACUAGAAUUAGAGAAGGAAUUUCACUGCAACAGAUACAUUACAAUAAGGAGAAAGUCAGAACUUGCAGCAAACCUUGGACUAUCUGAAAGACAGGUAAAAAUCUGGUUCCAGAAUCGCCGAGCCAAAGAAAGAAAAAUAAUCAAGAAGAAAAUCUCUCAGUUUGAUGGCAGUGGGGGCUCAGUUCAGAGUGACUCUGGUUCACUCAGCCCUAAUGAAAUAACAAGUUCCCUGUUCCCACCACCACACGGAAUAAAUGUAUUACAGUCUGCUGACAUCCAUCAGGUCAUAGUUUCAGAAUGAACAGUGGGGGAAAAAGAAAAACAGAAAAAAAGAGUUGUAUGGAUUUUUUGUUUUUGUUUUUAACUCCCUCUAUUGAAAACUCAAUUUUGCAAAGCACCAUUCUUGUUUAACUACCUUCAGAGUACUUAUUUCCACAUAGAGGAUCUGGAACUAUUACCAAAAUAUUUCAAUUAAAGAAAUCUCAGGGAGUUCGUGCUGCUGCUAAUACUCAUCACUCAAAAUCUUUUGAAUAGAAGAUAAUUUACAUCAGAUACCGAAGCAGAAAAAGAUACUGCUGAAGAUUCAAGCAAACCUAAUUCUAGUCUGCUCAUGUAUACAAAGAAAACUGUCAGUGAAUUGAUUAUAGAGUAAUACUGCAUAAAAUGUAAGAUGCUGGAUGUAUUUAGUUUGUUACAUUUUAUAUAAUUAAACAGUAGAUUUUAUAAAUAUUCACAUUUAAUGUGUACUGAAAAUUAAGUCAUUUUUUGAAAACAACUUUUUAAACACUUAAACACUCAAGAGACAUAACAAUGUUACGCCUGGCGACACAUUGCGUCCCAUUAAAUAAAAUGAAUAGUCUUUGUAUUCUAUGCAGUUCUAUCCAAGCAUGGCAGUCUCCUAAGCAACAGAUAUAUAACAACACACCAAGCCUGAUAAAAUUUGUUCAGUUGUAAAAAAAAAAUGCAACAAACUGUGAUGUGUGUUAAUAAAUACCAAAUAGUUUGAAGAUGUAAAUAUUACUUGUACUUCCAUCUUCAGUGAACGCAUGUAAUACCAUCGAAAAAUUAGAGGAGAAAUGUAAUGGAAAUAGAACUGUUACUACCAUCACACUACCAAAAAGCAAAUUAAGAAUUUGAUUAAUAUCUCUACAGCUUUCUCAAAUAACAGACAUGAGCCACCAAUUUCAUGUGUGACACUUAUUUCAGGUUAAAAGGCAGACUUUGUAUUUCAAAGCUGUUAUUGAGCAGCUUAGCAUUCACUGUCACAGCAAGCACGUACCUAAUGUGUGCUCCAGAAGGAGCACAAAUUUGGGAUAAACAUGCUCACAGAGCGGUUAGCUUUUGUUACUGGUCCACACUGUCAGAGGAGAUAGUAUCAGUAUCUAGAAGGCAACUGAUGAGACUGAAAAAAGUAGCAAGAAAACACAAAGUGCUAGAAAAAACCUAGACAUUUCAGUAGUCCUACUUAUGGGCAUUUCCUAAUAUGAGCUUCUCUGCUGCACAGAAUUAAGUGCUCCAUAUAAAAGCCUUCAUUUCAUUGGAAAGGUUAUCAAAAAAGAAAAAUAGAAAGUACAGUUAUCUGGCAUAUGAAAAUUCAUACAUCACUCUUCAUUUCAACAGCAUCAGACUCCUGGUCUUAGAAAUAACAGGUCAAAUUCUGCUUAGUGUCACCAUGCAUAGAUAAUGCACUGAGCAACAACAGGCAGAACUUGUCACAGCAUUCAUUAUCUUGAUUCAAUACAUCUGCAAACUAAGAUUUGCCAAUUAUUUAAAGAUAACUCUAUUGGAGUAACUCCAUAAAAAUAAUUCAGUCAGGAACUACUAGAAUAACAUUUCUCCAAAAGGCAUUUUGUGGGUCAUUCUCCAAUGUAUUUUUAUUAAUCGCCUAUUAAUGUGGUUGAAAUAAACAGACAUAUAUUAAUGUAAAGAAACUGCAAAUGGAAAAACAUACAAAUAUAAAUAUUUGUAAAAACUGAA